AUGGCAGAACCAUCGUUUGGAUUUUGGGUAUCAGAUAACUUCUAUGAGCUCGACCCUGCCUACCACCAUCCAGACAAGCGGAGGGCCGUCCUCUUUCCUGAUGACGUAGCCUUCACCGAUUGUGGCUCGAUCAUUCUGCUCUCCAUCACCACGACCACCAAGGCUAUCCUUGCCAUUUACUUGGCUCGGUAUAAUACAGGAGACGAUAACGUCCCGUACGACCCCAGCUUGGCUCGCUGUCAAGCUGUUUUGGUGAACGGGCCAUGGACCGAGAUUUCGAUUGUUUCGUGUGGAGUGCAAGACGGUAUAUUCGAGUUGUCGUACGCGAAAUAUGUGGUAAAGAUGGGGCUUGAAGCUCCGUGGGUGACCGAGGCGGUGAUGGAAAAUCGGCCAGAGCAGGGGACGGCCGAUACGCCUGGAUUUGGGAUGCUAUUGUAUAAUCUGCGCCUUAGUAACAGCACGUAA